AUGGAGUCUCCUGGAAAAUCCCUGAAGGAAGCUCUGCUCUGCGCUCAGAGCGAGAACCGAGUCACCGCCGGAGUCUACGAGAGCGCUAAGAUCAUGACUGAUGAUCCGGACAGUGUGUCCUUCUGCGUCCUGGCCACGGACGAGCAGUUCGAGUGUGACAUCGCUCUGCAGAUCCACUUCACCCUCAUCCAGUCCUUCUGCUUCGACAACGACAUCAGCAUCAUCCGAGUGAGCGACGUGCAGCGUCUGGCUGAGCUCGUUGGAGACAAGGCGGAGCAGCUGGAAGACGCUCACUGCGUCCUCAUCACGAACCCAGCUGAGGGCUCUUGGGAGGACCCUGCUCUGGAGAAGCUGCACCUGUUCUGUGAGGAGAGCCGCCGUCUGAACGACUGGGUCCCGGAGGUCAGCCUCCCCGCCCGCUGAUCGGGGCCCCGGCUCCCCUCUUGCUCAGAUGCUGUGAAGCUUCUUAUCAUGAAAUACUCAUCCCGAUGAGGAUGACCCUGUUUCUACUCAUCCCUGGAUACUCCUGAGGAGGUUUCCCGUCCAGGCAGCACGGCGCCGGCCCCGAGGAGGGGCCCCCGUGAACCGUCGCCUCUUGUCCCGUCCAUGCCCAGAUGACUCUCAUUCUUUAUGUGAACGAGGUCGGGCAUGCUACAAGAGCGACUAGCGACCCUCAUUCUUUGUGCGGAUGAGGUUUGGAGAGGAAGGAGAAGCGAGUUCUGCGUCCUGUGGUUCCACAGAGCAAACGUCGCACGUUGACACGCACGCGCAGCAGGAGAAGAAGCGGUGCGGAGGAAGAGGCCUUUUUAAAAAGAGACUUUUUUAAAAGUGUCCUCUUCGCUGAGCAACACGACAUCAGUUGCAAUCAGCGCAAAUGUUUCCCACUUUCCAGAAUGGUCUUAAUUCUCUAAAGGUUUCACUUUAGAAAUUUAAUGAUGACAUGAAAAUAUAAUUUAAAAAAGUCUUGGGAAAAAAGGAUCUAAAGGUUUUUACUUUAGAAAAAUUUA